AUGUGGUUUAUGAACAAACAAUGGGCAUUAGCAUGUGGAGAGAUUUUACGAAUAUUAACACAUUACAGUCGACCAAUUUUCAAAGUUGAACACCCACAUGGUGAAAUAGAUAGAAGUAUCAGUGGUAGCCAAGCAUCAACAAGUAACCCUACUGAAAGGAAACCACUAAGGCCUCUGUCUCCUUGGAUCACUGAUUUAUUGCUUGCUGCUGCACACCCUUUAGGUAUCAGAAGCGCUACUUUCGUUGGUAAGUGUGGGGGUGUUAUGGGAAAAUACGCUGCAGGGGAACUGAAGCCACCUUCUCUUGUAAUGGCUUCUUCACGUAGAUCUGGUAGGCAUCCACAGUUAAUGCCAUCUACACCAAGGUGGGCUGUUGCUAAUGGCACAGGUGUAAUUUUAAGUGUAUGUGAUGAUGAAGUUGCUCGUUAUGAAACCACUACUCUAACUGCAACUGUUGUUCCUGCUCUAUUACUUCCUCCUCCAACAACAGCCAUGGAUGAGCAUCUUGUUGCAGGGCUUCCUGCUUUAGAGCGUAUGCAAGGCUCUUCCAUAGGUACUAUGCUAUUGCUUGUCCAAGUGCUACUCAAAUACUUCUUCUUGGAUUAUUAG